GAUAUGAGUAAUAACUCCUAUCAAAGUAUAGAGCAAGUACACUCCAAAACUUGAAAAGAAAACAAAGUUGACAACUCAUUCAAGUAUCUUUUAAUUUCCUUCUUCAACUGAUCAAAUAAGUAAAUAAUAUUUUAAAUUAGAAAGUGAUUUAUACUUUCGAAAGUACCAAUAAAGAAUACUUCAAAAAUAGUUAUUCAAUAUUAAAAAGGAACAAGGUUGUAAAAAUAACUACACAUUUAAAAAAAUGUCAAAACUAAGAUUUGAUUCACGUGUAGUUGUCAUAACAGGAGCAGGUGCAGGUUUAGGACGAGCUUACGCUCUCUUAUUUGCAUCAAGAGGUGCAAAGGUCGUUGUUAAUGACUUAGGAGGAGGUAGACAUGGAGACGGUAGUAAUAAAAAGAUAGCUGAUUCUGUCGUGAACGAAAUUAAAUCGCUAGGAGGUCAUGCUGUUGCUAAUUACGAUAAUGUUCUUGAUGGAGAUAAAAUUAUUAAAACAGCUAUUGAUAAUUUUGGAAGAAUUGACAUUCUUGUAAAUAAUGCUGGUAUUCUGCGUGAUAAAUCGUUUGCCAAAAUGACUCAAGAAGACUGGGAUUUAAUACAGGACGUUCAUGUAAAAGGUGCGAUGAAAGCUACCAAAGCAGCUUGGCCAUUCUUUAGGCAACAAAAGUAUGGACGAAUUAUCUUUACAUCAAGUAAUAGUGGGUUAUAUGGCAAUUUUGGACAGGCAAAUUAUAGCUCUGCAAAAAUGGCUCUUGUUGGAUUAGCAAAUACUUUAGCUAUUGAAGGACAAUCAAGUGGAAUAAAUACUAAUGUUAUAAUUCCAACAGCUGGAUCAAGAUUGACUGAAGACAUUGUACCUCCUGAAUUUUUUAAAGAAUUAAAACCUGAAUUGAUAUCUCCAGUUGUCCUGUGGUUAUGUCAUGAAGAGUGUACAGAAAACGGAUCAAUCAUUGAAUCAGCUUUAGGAUGGGCUGGAAAGUGUUAUCUAGUAAGAUCGAAUGGAUGUAAUUUACGUAAAACAAUAAACGAUUCUGUUACUCCUGAAAAUGUUCGUGACAAUUGGGAUAAAGUUACUGAUAUGACCAAUGCUCAACAUUACAAUACAAUUACUGAAGUCACUGGUGAAUUAAUGGGAGCUUUAGAAUCAUUGUCAAGUGAAAAAUCAACUAAUAGUUCUUAUUACACUUUUAAGCACAGUUAUACUCCUAAAGAUACAAUUCUGUACGCUCUUGCAGUUGGAGCUACAAUUAAAGAUCCUUAUGAUUUUCCUUAUAUUUAUGAGAAUCAUGAUAAUUUUGCUGUUGUACCAACUUUUUAUGUUAUUUACGGUCCACUUGGAUGUCUAUCUUCUGAUCUUUUCCAAAAAGCUUUAUCUCAUACAGAUAUAAAUAUAGCUGGUUCUUUACAUGGUGAGCAGUAUAUGAAGAUAUUGAAGAAAAUUCCCACAGAGGCUACAGUUGAGACAAGAUUUCGACUUCAAACGACCCUUGAUAAAGAGAAAAGUGCAGUUGUUUUAGUAGAACAUGAAACAUUGGAUGUAAAAACUGGAGAAAAACUGACAACAGGACAAUUAGUUGCAGUAAUAAAAGGUGCAGGUAAUUUUGGUGGUAAAAGAAAUUCAGAAUAUGAAAUUCCAACAAUUGAACCACCAAAAAGAAAACCAGAUGCAUCGUAUACUCAACAAACCAGUGUUGAUCAAGCAGCAAUUUAUAGGUUAGCUAGUGGAGAUAUGAAUCCACUACAUAUUGAUCCUAAUUUAGCAGCAAUGGGUGGCUUUGAUCAUCCUAUUCUUCAUGGUCUUUGCUCACUUGGUUUUGCAACCCGUCAUGUAUUGAAAAUAUUUGCUCAAGGUAAUCCUGAUUUAUUUGAUUCUAUAAAAGUGCGAUUUGUUAAGCCCGUCAUUCCUGGACAAACAUUACGUACAGAGAUGUGGAGAGAAAAUAAAAGGAUUCAUUUUCAAACAAUUGUUGUUGAAAAUAAUUCUCCAGUUAUUGCUGGAGCUUAUAUUGACUUGAAAGAUAUAGUCAUGUCACCCAAUUCAAAACUAUAAAUUGAAAAAAAAAUAUGUUGUUUUUAUAUUAAAUGUAAAUGAACAAAUAAAAAGGGGAUAAAAAUGUUGUUAAUCUAUCAAACAAA